GCCCACGGUUUUCAACAGAAACGCAACGAUCUGCUAAUAAAUGGAACUGCUAGUUGCCAGCGAGUGAUGGAUCCAUCUUCUUGAACGAAGGCCAUCAAUACGCAUUUUGUUUUCUGUUUAUUUAACUAGCGGCUGUGUUUUCAUGGGAAAUGUAUUAGCAAGCUAAAGUCAGAUAGCUCGAUAACUGCGCCAAAAAUGAUGCGAGAUUCAAUCGAAUGUUGCACUGCUAGCUAGUCAGCCAAAACUGACUGGGGAAUGGUCAUUUCUCAGUUUGCCAGCAUCACAGCUCUGACACAUCACGAAGCCGUUCAGCUAUCGAGACAUAACGCUGGAAACUUGCUAGCGUUUAGUUGGAUAGAAAAAGAGGACGAACAUUUGUUGGGAAGCGGUGACUGUGCCAUUGCAAUACUGGUCAUAUGGAUGCGUUGCCUUCGUGUGCAUUUUAUUGACAAUUGUGGCUUGGCUCUAGCUAGGGGGCGGACAGCUCCGAGAAGGCGGACAGUUGGCUACGUUAGCUUGUUGGAUGUCGCGGCAGUGCAGUUAGGUUCGUUCGUAGGGACGCACGAACCCAGUCAGUGAACAGGGGGAAUCGCAAUAGAGGCUGGUAAAUAGGGAUAGUUAGCCAGCCCGGUAGCUAGCUAGUCGUCCAACUAACGUUAGCUAGCUAACGUGAGAAAUAUAAAUAAGGCUUGAAGCGCGCAUCAACGGAGAGAGGCCCUCAACACACCCCCUCGCAUCGACACUGCCCCCUCUCCGCCGAUCCUCCCGUGAUUUGCUGAGAUCUGUACACGGGUGAAGUCGGACAGUUCUCGGUUGGGGACAACUUGACAGCGAGGCCCCUAGCUCCCCUCCCCCAUUCCCAUCCAAGACCCCUCAGUCCACCUCUUCGCAAGUGAGGAUCGGGAUAUUAGAUACCUAGCUAAAGUUAACCCAUCCAACCGAAAUCUGUCAUCCAGCUAGUCCAUUCUAACCCGCGGGUUGCCAAAACCAGGAGGGAUGACUUUGGAGUCGAUGAUGGCUUGCUGCCUGAGCGAAGAGGCGAAGGAAUCGAAACGAAUCAAUGCGGAGAUAGACAAACAACUCCGGCGAGACAAGCGGGACUCGAGGAGAGAACUGAAAUUGCUCCUUCUCGGUACAGGAGAGAGUGGGAAGAGUACAUUCAUCAAGCAGAUGAGGAUCAUCCACGGGGCGGGCUACACAGAGGAGGACAAGAGGGGUUUCAUCAGGCUGGUGUACCAGAACAUCUUCACCUCCAUGCAGUCUAUGAUCAAAGCCACAGAGAACCUCAAGAUCCCCUUCAAAUACGAACAGAACCGGUCUAAUGCCAUGUUAGUGAAGGAGGUGGACAUAGAGAAGAUCUGUGGUUUCGACCAGCCCUACAUCAGCGCCAUCAAGACCCUGUGGGCCGACCCUGGGAUACAGGAGGCCUACGACAGACGCAGGGAAUACCAGCUAUCAGACUCCACUAAAUAUUACCUUAGUGAUAUAGACCGCGUCACCGCGGAGGGAUAUGUUCCUACUCAGCAGGAUGUGCUUCGUGUCCGGGUCCCCACCACGGGAAUCAUAGAGUACCCGUUUGACCUGGAGAACUGCAUCUUCAGGAUGGUGGAUGUAGGGGGUCAAAGGUCAGAGAGGAGGAAGUGGAUCCACUGUUUUGAGAAUGUCACUUCCAUCAUGUUCCUGGUGGCCCUCAGCGAGUACGACCAAGUCCUGGUGGAGUCUGACAACGAGAACCGUAUGGAGGAGAGUAAGGCGUUGUUUAGGACCAUCAUCACCUACCCCUGGUUCCAGAACUCCUCAGUCAUCCUGUUCCUCAACAAGAAGGAUCUGCUGGAGGAGAAGAUCUCAUACUCCCACCUGGUCGAUUACUUCCCUGAGUUUGAUGGUCCCCAGCGAGAUGCCCAGGCGGGCCGGGAGUUUAUACUGAAGAUGUUUGUGGACCUGAACCCGGAUAGCGACAAGAUCAUCUACUCCCACUUCACCUGCGCCACGGACACCGAGAACAUCCGCUUCGUCUUCGCUGCCGUCAAAGACACCAUCCUGCAGCUCAACCUCAAAGAAUACAACCUGGUCUGAGAGACUCUUGCACGCAAACACACACUCUUCCCAGUUGCACAGCUUAGCCUACACACACACACACUUAUGAAGCUUACACACACCUACAAAUCUAGUUGAUCUUUCCCCCUCCUGCUUUUCACUCCAGCGAUUUUAAGACCCCCUCUUCCAAUAUCUCUCCUCCCAUUUGCUCUCUCAUUCCUUCCCUUUUUCUACCCUUUUGCCAUAAGCCUGUCCUCUCCCUCGUUCUCAGCAGCUUGUCAGUCUCCUCUUCUCCAUACCACACAUACACACACGCCAUGCAGUAUACAGUGACUACGGGAGGGGACAAUGGGUGUGUGUGUGUGUCUGCGUGUUUGUGUGUGAGAAGGUGAGGAAGAGGACCAGUGUGGUCAGUGAACUGUGGGUCUUUAUCCCUUGAACCAUCAGUCAACUGGCCUGAGAUCACAUCCUCUGAUUUGGUGGAAGGAGUGACCCAAACGCAAGGCAAAAAACACCUGAGAGGGUGACGUUUUACACUCUAUAAGGGAGGGGAUAAAGACUGGGAGGGGGUGGAGAUGAUGAGGUAACAAAGGAAGCCACCAGGACGUGAGCAGGAAGUGAUGUCACACAGAAGUGAGGGGGCAGACCAAGGAUUCUGUUUCCACCUCGCAUCGAUGAAUGUAUACUCUAAGUGAGCAUCGCAAACGCAAAAAAAUAUAAUUAAAUAUGUUAUAAAGUAAUUACAUAUGUAGACAAAAUUACACUAAGACUGAAAGCACCAGAGGGAGAGGAAAAAGCUAAUUGAUUAAAUAUGUGUAUCGCUGAGCUUUUUUACAAAUAGUUUUUAAUAAUAGUAACUUGUUGCUAUGUCAACUUCUAUCCGACGACUAAGAAGUGGUUUGAAAAGUUAUAGAAGCGGUUAACAAAACAAGAUCUUAUAUUUAAAAAAUUUGCAAAAUAGCCAAAAUAUCACAAAAACAAGAUGGUAAUCAGAAACGGACUAAUUUGAUCCUUUACAGACGGUUGUGGUUGUUCAUGUUUAGGUUUGAUCACAUCGCUUCCCUCCUUCACUGGUUUACUGACUGAUAGAUCGGAACCUUCCGUUUGACAUCCGCAGUACCAUGUUCUGUUUGAUACACGCCACAUUAAGAUUACCGAACAUCCGAUACUUGCUACUAUGUUCUGAUUGGACAAUCGCUGAGGGGGAGGGAGUCAUGUAUGGAUAUGAUGUCAUCACAUACGGUACAUCAGUCUGAAAGAAUGACAUCACGUGUUAAGUUGCCCAGCGACCCAAUUAGAUGUGCUCUGGAGAUUCUGGGCAAUCCAUCCCCACAAAUGACACGGUGGCAUCCAUUAUCCCAGACACACAGGAAGCUUUAUGUUGUUUACCUUUUUUUUUUACUGUAUAGACACUUUUGUUUGUUGAUGAGAGGUGGUUGUUGAUUGGUGGGAGCGGGGGACGUAUGAUCCUGUCUCCCAGAUGGACAGGCAAGCAUACUCUGAAGUCAAAAAGUUAUUGUUUGUGUAUAUUUCUGUUUGUAAAUACAUGUACACAGAAACGCUCCUGUACAAAAACACUCUGUGGUACA